AUGUCGUCAACGAAUUCCAGUAGGUUUACAGCCGCUAAUACAUAUACAAUCAGUGAGGAUGAGAAAGCUGUUUACGAUCGACAGAUACGUUUGUGGGGUUUGGAAACUCAGAAUAGAUUACGCAGUUCGACAGUAUUAGUCGCUGGUUUGUCAGGAUGUGGAAGUGAAGUUUCAAAGAAUUUAAUGUUGACCGGAUUGAAAUCACUAACGCUACUGGAUAAUAAAACAAUUUGUGCGGAUGAUUACUGCAGUCAGUUUUUGUUGCAACGUGGCAGUGAAGGCAAAAAUCGUGCUGAAGCAUCACGGCAGAAAUGUCAAUUAUUAAAUCCGAAUGUGGAAUUGCAUGUGGAUACGGGUGAUAUUUCGGAAAAAGAUGAAAAGUUCUUCACUAAUUUCGAUUUAGUUAUUUUGGUUGAUCAAAAAUACGCCGUCAUUAAUCAAAUCAGUAAAAUAUGUCGGAAUGCUAGAAAACCAUUUAUUGCUGGAGGCGUUUUUGGUUGGAUAGGAUACGCAUUUUUCGACUUUACGGACUGUUCAUUUUUAGUGACUGUACCAAAAGUAAGGACAGGUGGUAUACUGGAAGAUGACUCUGUAGGGGCCGAUUCUUCACCAGCAAAGAAACAAAGAAUUGGCAGUGAAGUAGAAAAUGGAAAAGGAGGAAAGGAAAAUAAAGCAUCAGUGAAUGUUGUACUGGACGAUGAUGAAAAAAUACAUAUGACAUUUUCAUACCCAUUAUGGGACGAUGCAUGGAAUGUCGACUGGACUCAUAAAAGACUCAUUCGUAAGGCAAAACAAAUUUUGCCUCGAUCAUAUUUCCCUGUCCGAGUUAUGCUUCGACUACAAGAUAGCGAUGAUACUGUGGAGCAAGAGAAAUUCAUAGAAAUGUGGAAGAAAGAAUUGGAGCAAUGCAAUCAUAUGCUUGAUGACGAAUAUUUCAACGUCAAAUAUUUUUCGCAUUUUGUUGGCCCACAACUGAGCCCGACAUGUGCUAUCGUUGGAGCACAUAUAGCACAGGAAGCAAUAAAGGCACUUUCACAAAAAGAUGAUCCUCUUCGAAAUGUGUUCUUUUAUUCAGCAAUUGAUACCAGUGGUAUUGUUUGCCAUUUGCCACCGAUUACAUAG